AUGGACUCGCUCAACAACCUCGCAAACUCCCUCCCGCCGUCCAACCUCGCAAAUGCAGAGAAGGAGCUCACAAACAACUUCAAGUCUGCCGCCCUCGCCCUCACCACGCUCUACCGCUCCUCCCGCCGCACGUCCAAGCGCGCAUACAACGCCGGCUACGCCACCGCCUGCCAGGACCUCCUCCUCAUGAUCCAGCAGGGUGUCUCCACCGGCGAGUCCACCGACUCGGACGGCCCCGGCAUGACCAUCGGCAGGAUCAUGGACUACAUCGAGGCCCGCCUCGACGCCAUCAAGUCCCGCGAGGAGGAGGAAGACGAGGAUGAGGAGAAGGACAGGGAGCGUGACCGCGCGAAGCCCGCUGCCGGCCCAUCAGCGCCUGCGCGCGUCGUCAGUCUUCCGGCGGCAGCGCCCCCGCGGCAUAAAGACCUGACCAGAGCGGGCCUAGCUCGCAGCGCGAAUCUCCGUGUACAAGGCGCAUUCUUGAUAGGGUCAAUCGCACGUCCGUGUCGAUGCGAUGCGCAUCCCGGCGCCCCGAUCAAAGACCUCGGAAGUGGCGAGAGCUUCCCUUUUGGGCACCUCAGCGACCCUCUGAGGAAGGGAUAG